UAGGCACAAGAUAAUUUGAAUAACUUAUUGCUAAAUUGCUUGAAGGUGAGAUUUCUCGGAAGGAAGAUUAAACCAUUCUUAUAAAUGGUUUUCAAGUUCUGCAAAUAAAAUGUCACAUUCUGAAGAAAAUGAAGACAAAGUGAUCCCGCUGACAAACCUGGAAAAUGCACAAAAGGAAGAUGAAAAAGCAUUUAGAUAUUCAAGGCGCAAUGGACAUCACACCAUGGCCGCAGCUGCUUCGUCCGUGAAUCUUGGGAUAACUGAGCCAUCAGAGGCUUCGCAAGACAUUACAAAACACUGGAUGCAAUGCUGUGCGGCCAAUGAAAAAGCAAGAUGCCUUUGUUUUGGUGAUGCAACCAGCAGAACUUUAUCAAAAAGCUUAAGUGUUCGAAAAGCAGUCCCGCAAACAUCUUCCAGCCAAUCCAGUUUUGUUUACAAACCAUUCGAUUAUACUCUUCAUGGCUUAACGGAUUUCGAUUCCACUAUGUCUUCUGCGCGAACGUCUAGUUCGCAAUCCCAAGAAUUAUUAAGGAAAGAAAAUUAUAGAUUUGAAAGUAGUGCUACAGGCCUAGACGACGACGGUGAUUCCAAUGACAUAUUUUGCUCCACAAUGAAAGACCCCCAGGAUAUUCCAACAUUUUUAUCAGAUGAGUGCGAAAUUGACAAUAUGGAUAGCCUAAAAAAAAAUAAGAAUCCCCAAAACAACAGACCUGCGAAAUUCACGAUAACUGCUUAUGAGGACAAUGCUAAAGAUCAUUUUUCGGACCUUGAGGUGGACAACUUAAUAGACGGAAAUCACAAAAAAAAUAAUAUUGGAGUAACACUGAAAGCGCAGCAAAAUCAAGUUCAACCUGUGGACAAGGGCUUAUAUGUAAAAGAAUCCGAGAAGGGAAGCGAUCACUUCAUCAGUCAACAGCAAAAAAAGAAUAUAUUGGAACCAGGUGAAUUAUCCGAAGAUGACACCUCCGAAGCGCAGAAGGUUCGAUGUGCUUACAAGACAUCAGAUGUGGAAGAUGGUGAAGUGUCCUACGAAGGUUUGGAUGUUCCGCAUAACUUGAUUAAGAAAACGUCACUUUGCCAGUUUGAUAAUACUAUUUUUAAAAAGAGAAAUAUAUCGGUGGAGAAGAAAGUAAGUAGGUUAGAGUCUUGUGAGCAUGAUCAGGUUGAAUCUGUUGAUUUGGAAGAUGGCGAACUUUUCGGAGAAGAUAAUGAAGUCUCAAGUAGUACUAUUAAAAAAGAGGAUAACAGAAUGCCCUUUUGUCGCUAUCACAUCCGCAACUCCUGCAUUUGGGGCCAAAAUUGUCGGUUUCGCCAUCCAAAUUUGAACAGACUGGGAAAAUAUGUAAUGUUUGAAAAAAAAUGUCUGCCAGUGCCUACAGUGACUUUUCCGCCAGUUUUAGUUAAGGAAUUAGAGAAAAUAUGUAUUAAUACAGUGUGGUCAACAUGCGUCUUACCAGCUAGGGAUACCUACCCAAUGGCAGUGAUCGAGACAAUGUCGAGGAUGCCUGAGAGCCUAGAUAUAUCGUUCGGCAUGAACAACAUGGAUAACGAUCCCUACUACACGCAGAAUGAGCCAGAGGUGGACAAGCGUGCUCCACUUCUUCCAACGCCGACCUUCAGUGAACUAUUAACAGAGCAGGAGCAAUAUCAUAACUCAUUGGCAGGGAAUCGGUCUGUCCGUACCCCUUCGCCCGCUAGAUAUUAUCGGAAUCUGCGAUCUACUGUUCAGGCAAAUAGAUCGUCCUUCUCGACGUGCUUAGAGAAACGAGAUCGCUCUCCAAGACUGCCUAGAUACUCUGCCAGCAAAAAUCUACAACCUCAAAUUUCAUUAAGCAAUAUACGAAGACCUUCCAGCAUAAUUGUACGGCUCGAACGAAAACGACAACGACUUAGCGACAGCACUUUCAGUUCUAGCGACUCCUCUGAGUCUUCUAGCUAUGAAUCCACCACAGAAAGCACAGAUGAUGUUUCAUCUUUCUCCGAAUCUGAUGCACGGGGUGAAAAAAAUAGCUCAUCUUCAUUGGGAAUACCGAUAAAAAACAUGAAACGAAACGAAGAAAAGUUCUCAUCUGAUGCAGUUGCUAAAUUUACCGCAAAACGACCACACUCUUCAAAAUUCAGGAAUCAAAAACAAACUUUUUCAAAGCUGUCGACGAAAACUCCAUUAAGAAAUCCGCCAAAUGUGUUACCCAGUGCACCGAAGAAACCUCACAGCAUAUUGGAGAGCUCUUACAGUAUCAAAAAGAAGCAGGAUCGCCAGAAACGUUUGCUAAUGCAACUGUUGCGCGUAGAGCAGCAAAUAGCGAAGAAGAAGAAGCAUCGAAUGAAAGCAUUUAAAGAGUAAUCUUUUAAAUUUCGAAUCGUAAUUUAAGUUUUCUAAUAAAACCAAAUUAUCAUUCAAAAUGUUAAACGAUGGAUAAAUGAGUGCUUAUGUUCUCGAAAAAGUCGCUAACAAAUCAUGUUGCACAUAUUCGGGGUGUAUUAUUUUAGAAUGGGAUGUAUGCUAGAAAUAAGUAAUAGGAAUUAGCAAUAAGUAAGCUGUGGAAUCACCCCUGAACGUGUGCAAUUUCUGAGCAUGCAAACAUCCAGUUGGCACAGGCGACAUGUCCAUAAACCACGAACACCAUGCCUAAUGGAAUGCAUUUGGGGUCUAGGGUGUUGCAGCGCCAACAUUUACAACUGAGUGCAACAGGAGAAAGCAUCUGCAGCACCCAAGUGGGAGUGUAUUAACGCUUCGCCAGGAAACUCCGGCUACGUGACUCCCAGCUCCAGCCUCCGGGGUAAAACUUAAGAUCUGCGGUCGUCUGCUCUUCCUACGCCGUCUGCCCUGCCAGCUGAGCCAAAUGUCCGCCACACCCUCUCGCCCCCCUUUCUUUUCGACCCAGCAUCGUCGUUGCCGUAGAGGAACAAUUACACUGGUUUGCCUAAUGAAUUUAUCUGCUCAUCAGCAUCUCUAUAGACCUGUAUGCAUGAACUGGUUGGUGCACCAGCCUGGGCGGGAGUGGGUCGUAUGGUUGGAUGGUUGUUGGCAUCACAGUAAAUAUUAUGUAGAUUUU